AUGAGCCAAAAGUCUUUAUAAGAUUUUAAUAAUACUUAUGGAAGCCUAAUUGCAAUACGAAACUCUUAAUGCUUAUACAAUGAUCAGAACAGAAUAAACAUCAUCUACAAAUUAGAAAUAAAUAAAUCUCAAUAACCAUAACUCAAUACAUCAAUAACACAAGAGAUUAAACUUUAAAAUGAAUUAGCUCGAAAUAUCAAAUAAUACCUCAAAAUUAUUGAGUAUGCAAUUGAAGAAACUGAGUAGAAUAAAAAAGUUUAUAUGGUAGUAUAAAAUGAUGAAUUAAAUAAUUCUAUUUUAUAUUCCUUUAAAGAAAUCGAUGAUAAGCCCUCUAAAAUAUAAUAAUUCAAAAAGAUUUUGUUACUAAUGAUGGAUUUAGAGAAAAAAAAACCAAAAAUAUUUUAUUUUCGAAAAAAUAAUAUAUUCUAUGUUGGAAAUUUAAUUUAUUUAACAAUUUUUGGAUGGACCUAAGAUUUUUUAAUCUCAAAUGCUACGAAUUAAAAUUUAAAGAAAUUAGAAGAUUUAACCUUCAAAAUUGCUGAAAUUACAUACUUAGAUGAGCAAGGUUAAGAAAAAUAACAUAAACUUACAAAACAUAAAUUGGACCUUGGAAUUUUUUUUUAGUAAAGCAUCUUGAAUAUUGACAGAACACAGAUUUCUAUAUAAGAUAUAAAUAUGAAUUGCCAUGAUGAAGAUUUAAAAAAAAUUGCUAAAAUUAUAAAAUGCUUUAUAAUAAAUAAUGGUUCAAUUUAAUAGAUGAAUCUACAACUUUAAUAAAGGAAUCAGAGUUAAUAAUUUAAAGAUAAAUUAAUUGAAGAAUGGGAAAAAUUUGUUAUGAUAUUAUAAUUAAAAUUAAUGGAUGAUGCAUAAUUAAGAGUUGGACUUGAUUUAUCAAUUCUCAAGGAAUUAUCAGCCGAUUAAUUAGAUAAAUAUAUUUAAAUCUAAAAAGGUGAAUACCAAAGUGGUAAUAUUUAGAAGAAAAAAAGAGCAAGAAUACUAAUUUUUUAAGCUGAACAAAGAUAAUUAGCUCUCGGUAUGUUAAAUAAAUAAAAUAAGGAUUUUCACCCAAAUUUAAUUUAUUUCCUUAAGGAAAAUGAAUUAGAAUAGUUAAAAAAUGAUAAAAAUCUUUUGAAAUAAAUACAAAUUGAUGAGAAUAAAAUAAACAAAUAUAUUGAUUUACUGUAGAAAAUGUCACUUUGUCAAUUAGAUUAAGUGGUUUUGGACAAUGAAUAAUUAAGUUUAAUCCCUAUUAAAAUGCUGUAAUCGAUUUAAAAUAGUACAAUUUAAGAGUUCUGCAGUAAAAAAGAAUUUGCGAUAAAGCAAAGUGCUAGUAAAAUAGAGCGCUUUGAUUUUGAAAAGGCUUUGGAGGCCAAGGAUAAAUAUAAUAAAUUUCAACUUACAAUUAAUAAUAAGAGCUCUAUUAAUGCUGAUAGUCUACUGGAAAAUUAAUUAACAUAUUAAUAAGUUCAAUUAUUAAAUGAGAACACAUAAAAAACAUAUAGAGAUACAAUUAUAAGAACAAUUGAAUCUAAGAGAAAUUCAACUAAUAAGAACGAUCGAACCUUGUUGGAAACGUUAACAAGAGUUUUAAACCAAGGUUUCUAAGAAUUAGAUCACCAAUAGCCACUAUAUAUUGAGAAUUUUCGUAAUUAAUUGUAUAUAAAAUAAUAAAAGGAAGGAGUUUAUUUUAGGAAUUUAAAAUUUAAUGAUAGGAACAACCUUAAUUUCUCUGAAAAAGUGAAUGAAUUUUUUAAGUAUUGCUUUACAGGGGAUAUAUUAUACAAUGAAAAAUUUAGUUAAUAUCUUAGAGAAUUCUAAAGAGUUUCAAUUUCAAAUUAUGAUGGCUAUCAAAUAAAUGGUAAGAAAUAAGGUUUAGGAUUGAGAAAAAUAAAUGAAAAUCAUCUAAGAUUUGGAAUAUUCUAACUUGAUUAAUAAAUAUGGGGUUGGGAAAUUGUCUUUCAAUCUUAAAUUAUCAGUUUUUAUAAAGGACCUUUUUUAAAUGAUCAAAAGGAUGGAUAGGGAAUAUAAUAAAAAUGUAAAUUUUAAGACGAAAAAGUUUUAAUUGAAGAAUAUGUGGGUGGAUUUUAGAAGGAUAAGAAGAAUGGUACCGGUGAGUUAAAUAUUUAUAAUAAUUCUUAAUUAACAACUGUCAUUAAAGGGGAUUUUAAAGAUGAUCAAGUGCAUGGUAUUGCCACAAUAUCUUAAAAUGGUUAAAUAAUUUUCUUUGGUUAAUUUAAAAAUGGGAAAAAAAAUGGAUAAGGAGAAGAAAUAUAAGAUUAAACCAGAAUAACAGGGUGUUAUUUGGAUGACAAAAAAACUGGUAUUCAUAUUACGAAACGUCCAGAUGGUACAACGGAAACUAAUGAUUAUGGGUCACCUGCAUGUUCUGUGUUCUGA